AUGUAUGGGCUCGAAAUGAUGACCUUUAAUAUAAAGGACGGCUUCCUAGAAGCUAUCGUCCGCGGGCAUCGGUCGGGCUUGCUUACCGUAGGUGAUUACAACAACCUUUCACAAUGCGAGACUCUUGAGGACAUCAAGAUGAAUCUGACCUCGACAGACUAUGGAGCGUAUAUUGCGAACGAGGCGUCGCCUAUCUACACAGCCAACAUUGUAGAGAAGUGUACACAGAAGCUAGUGAACGACUGGAAUUACAUGCGAUCACAGGCGGACGAGAACCUUGCGACGUUCAUGGACUACUGCACCUAUGGUCACAUGAUCGAUAACGUGGUGCUGAUCGUUACGGGCACUCUCCACGAGCGUGACGUGCAGGAGCUGCUGGACAAGUGCCACCCUCUCGGCAUGUUCGACUCGAUUGCGACGCUGGCAGUGGCUCAGAACAUGCGCGAGCUAUACAGGCUGGUGCUAGUGGACACGCCGCUCGCACCAUACUUUAGCGAAAACCUGACGCACGAGGACCUGGACGAGAUGAACAUUGAGAUUAUGCGAAACACGCUGUAUAAGGCCUACCUGGACGACUUUGCAGCCUUCUGCCAGACGCUGGGCGGCACGACGGCGGAGAUCAUGGGCGAUAUGCUGGCCUUCGAGACUGACCGGCGUGCUCUGAACAUCACGCUCAACUCCAUCGGCACUGAGCUGACCCGGGAGGACAGGAAGAAGCUGUACUCCAACUUUGGUUUGCUCUACCCUCAUGGCCACAACGAGCUGGCCAUUGCGGAGGACUUUGACCAGAUCCGCAGCGCCAUGGAAAAGGUGCCCGCUUACUCCGGAAUCUUCAGCAAGCUCGGGUAUGGUGAGAGCCAGAUGCUGGACAAGCUGCUUUACGAGGAGGAGGUCAAGAAGUGUGUGGAUUGCUACGAGCAGCAGUUCCAUUACGGCGUCUUCUAUUCCUACAUGAAGCUGCGGGAGCAGGAGAUCCGCAACAUCAUGUGGAUUAGCGAGUGCGUGGCGCAGGACCAGAAGGGGCGCAUUUCGGACGGCAUCGUGUACAUCUUCUGAGCUACGGAUGCAUUUAGCUUGCUUGUCCUUCCACUUGCACACGGUAGCACAGCGCACGGCGUAGUGCACGGUAACACAGCGCACUUCCUGCAGGGCACAGGAUGUGCAGCCUCCAUGCAGUGUUCGUUUCGGGGCAUGUAGGGGCUUCGUUACAGUCAUUGGGCCAUGGUUGCGAGAGCCUUCAGCUGCACCUGGCGGCGCCUUGACUGCCGGUUGCAGUCACGCUGUUGUGAAAUGAGAGUCUGAUAGAGGGCAGGGGAGGCGAGCGGGGUCGACCGCGUUGCGGGGAUGGUGCGGUUGGAGGCGGCGGGCGGGAGUAGGGAGGCGUAUGGCAUGCAGGAAUUUUUUUACGGCGUGGAGGUAAAAGCGGUAAUGCGUCUGGGCUUUGGGUAUAAUGUGGUGAUGCUUGAUUUUUUGCGUAAGUCCGUGCGCUGAUUGUACUAGGUGUGUAUGCUGCCGUAGCGCAGAUACGUCCUUGUGGAAAUGCAGCCUUAUCCUAGGUCAGAGUGCAUGCUGGCGGGGGAAGAGGGGCUACCACAAUGCAAUGAUUACAGAGGAGCGGCCUUAACGUGGUGUGGCUUUCAGUGCCAGAGGCUGUGCGCGUGAUGCAGCUCUUUGACAGAUGCGGGCACGUCGCACGGAGUGUACACCUUAACGAGUUUCGGGAGGCUAGGUUGGGAUGAUGAGUUGCUCCUAGGGACAACUUGCGUUGCGGUGUUUUCAACAGGACAUGUGAGUGCCGUUGCUUGUGGAUGAGGAGUCCUGGAGUCGCUGGUACGGGUGAUGACCCUGUAAUCAAAUGCGGCGC